CUGGUUAUUUUAACUGCCUGACAAUGAAUGGGAGGCCAUGUAGUGUGAGUCACCGGACAACAGGUCUUCCUUAUGGACCUGGGACAAGCAGUGGACAGCAGGUCUCACCAGUGAGAGUUCAUGCAGGAGCACCCUGCCCAUCUUCACAUAGCAGCACCCUAAGGUCAGCUAUUGGAAACUCGUCUUCCAGCCAACACUUAAAGAUGCCUAUUGGAGGAGUGGUUGCUCCUCAGAGCAAGAUCAUGGACAGCACUAUUCACCUUCCUGCGCUAAGUCCCAGGAGACAAGCAGUCACAAAUGGGAAGCCUUUCUUCCAAGUCCCACAACCCCCAGGACUGCCAGCCCCACAGACUUUAAAGGCAAAACUGCAAGACUUUGGAAAUACCUUCUCCUCAUGCACAGGUAAAGGAGGUCUUGGUUAUGGACCCCAGUCCAAGUCCAUUGGAAAAGGCAGCUGCAACAAUCUAGUAGUCACCAGCAGUCCCAUGACAGUUCAACGGCUGGGACCUAUUUCUGCUCCUGCUAAUCAGGUCUCAACAGCAUGCAACCAGAUCAGUCCUAGCUUACAGAGGUCUGUGGAUGCUUCCAACCUGGGUGUACUUCCAUCCGAUACAAGGUCCCUCGUGUCGCGUGAGCCACUGCCCACUGCGACGCAGAGCUUGUUGGAAAGUCAGUCAGCUCUGAGCGUUAAGCAGGAGUGGUCUCUAGGCUACAGGAUGCUUCCUUCUCUUCCACCCAACCAAGGUUCGCAAAAUGGCAGUGAGCUGGGGGACUUGCUAAAUUUUCCACCCAGAACAUCUGUGUCCAGUAACAGGGUAGCUAACUCGUUACCAUCCUACUUGUUUGGUGUAGAAAAUAGCCAUUCCCCUUACCCUAGCCCUCGCCACUCCUCCGCCCGGGCUCAAUCAGCCCGCUCCAAAAAGAGGGCGCUCUCCGUCUCUCCUCUGUCUGAUGGCAUUGGGAUCGACUUCAAUACGAUCAUCCGCACGUCCCCAACCUCUCUGGUUGCCUACAUCAGCGGCUCCAGGACAUCACCAGCUAACAUCUCCCCACAGCCUGAGGUCUAUGGACAUUUUCUAGGGGUGAGAGGAAGCAGUAUUUCCCAAACUUGCUCUGUUCCCAGCGCCCAGAAAGGUCUUCUCAUGGCUAACGGCAACAUCGCCCUUCCAGGCUAUGCUGAAAACGGGUCCACCGAGUACCAGCGGAUGCAGCAGCUGGAGCAAGCGAGCCUGCAGCCAGCCAUGCUGGGCAACAUGGUGGUGCAGCACGGCACGCCUCCUGUGGACAGCCAGGCGCUGGGCGCUUUGAAAAGCGAGCGGCAAGAUGAUUUCUCAGUCCGGGCAGUGGAAGUGCCUCUUCUCCCGCUGCCUGUGCCGCCGCAGGGCCCACCUCCCCCUUACCACACGCAUCAGCACCGGCAUCCACAUGACCUCAGCCAAUCACACCCGCUGGCCUUGGCUUCCGCUGUCCCAAGCCCGCUGCUGGACAGGGAUGGCGAGCUGGAGGAUUUCAUCAGCAAGCACUGCUGUCGCUGGAUCGACUGCAGCGCCCUGUACGACCAGCAAGAGGACCUUGUGCGACACAUAGAGAAGAUCCACAUAGACCAGAGGAAGGGAGAGGACUUCACGUGCUUCUGGGCAGGGUGCCCGCGAAGGUACAAGCCAUUCAAUGCCCGUUACAAGUUGCUGAUUCACAUGAGAGUCCACUCGGGAGAGAAGCCGAACAAAUGCACAUUUGAGGGCUGCAAGAAGGCCUUUUCCAGACUGGAAAAUCUCAAAAUUCACUUGAGGAGCCACACGGGUGAAAAGCCGUACCUGUGCCAGCACCCAGGCUGCCAAAAGGCCUUCAGCAACUCCAGCGAUCGCGCAAAGCACCAACGGACCCACCUGGACACGAAACCUUACGCAUGUCAGAUUCCAGGAUGUUCUAAACGAUACACGGACCCAAGUUCUCUGAGAAAGCAUGUGAAAGCACAUUCUUCCAAAGACCAACAAGCCAGGAAAAAGUUGCGAUCAAGCUCAGAGCUUUACCAGGACAUCCUGAAUGACUGCCUUGCAAUCCAGCCCGUCCAGCCAGCCCCUUCACCACAUGAUGCUGCAGAUACCAUGAGACCAUCUCCAGGGGCAACUCAUGAUAUCUACCCAGCAGACAUGUUCCCCGGCACCCAGACAGGCCAAAGUGCCACCGCAGCAGGAGCUGUGUCCUUGUCCCAGCGUGUCAGCCUCCCUUCCCCGGGAUGUAAUAUGCAGGGCAGUCCUCACCAUCUUCCUCACCAGCUACCUCUUCUCUCAGCUGUAGACUCUGAGAGGUUUGUUGCUCUCACACCUUCUCCUCUCCACAUCAGCCCCCAGAGAGUUUCCAUUCCCCUUCCCCUGAUGCAGAGACGGACCCCGCAACCUCCCCAUCCUCAGCAGACUGCAGGAAUGCAUCUCAAGACGUACACGUCAGCAGGAAACCCUUCCUUUCAGCCAAAUACCCUCCACAUCCAAGGUUUUUAUGGACAGCUUCAGACUUUCUGCUCUCCUCAUUAUGCUGACACUCAGGAGAAUGUACAACAUGAUGUUUCUUGUAAUAUGAUUCCUCCUUUGGAAGAGUGCUUUGCUCCCACAUCUAUGAGCCAGGCAGGACCUGGCACCUUCAAUCGAACCUUUUCAGCUCAUUCUGGUAUUACAGUUUAUGAUUUUCCACCGGGGCCCACAGGUAUCUUUGGUGAUUCAACUUACAGCAUGCCUGAGGACAGCAGUUUCUUACAAAUAAGUGCAGUAGAUUGUUGUCCCAGCCAGCUUUCUUCUGUCUAUACCGAAGGCUAAUUCAUUCCAACUCAAAUUAUGAGAACUUGAUUCCAUAUCGUCUUGCCCUUCUGACAUUUCACUAUCAGUCUUUCUCUCCGUAAGACUGCCAUGUAUGUAUGGGGAUAUGGGUGAAUAUAUAUACGUACUG